UCUACAGAAUCAUUGUUUUGACCACGAAGGAGACCGGUGCUCGACGACUGUCUUUAAGCGUAGAAGAGUCAACAGACUUUGAAUUAACAUGUCUUAGCUCAUUAAUAUAAAUGUAAUGUCUUCUUUGGACGUACCUGGAAGUAUGUCGAGGCUUAUCAUGUUCGUACGCUACAUGUACAACGGCCUAGCGAGGAACAACUCCCCUUGGCUCUCCUCGGUGGCAAAGACCCCCCUGGGUACACCUUUGCGGGUUGCAAUCGCCGGAAAGAAGGACCUGGUCCACUUGGAGGAAGACGAGCUGGAGGAACAGUUUGUGAGGGGCUCUGGACCCGGCGGGCAGGCCACCAACAAGACCAGCAACUGCGUGGUGCUAAAACACAUCCCCUCUGGUAUUGUAGUCAAGUGUCAUCAAACCAGAUCAGUGGACAUCAAUCGAAAGCGAGCGCGAGAAAUAAUGCAGCAAAAACUGGACGUUUUCUAUAAAGGAGAGCGCAGCGACAUUCUGGUCAGAAAGAAAGAGGCUGAAGCCAAGAAGCAAGACAAACGAAGGAGAGUCAAUGAAAAUCUGCAGAGGAAGAGACUAUUCAAAGAAGCCCUCCUAGCCCAGAGCACAUCUGGAAAUGACUCUGUUUAAAAUCAACAGCAAUACCUGAAACAAUUUGGGUGAUCUUUUUAGCCUUCAUAUCAAUGGGAAUGCUGUCCUCAGUAAACCACAUGUAAUUCACUAAUCUGAUCAUCGCUUUAACCAGAAACACCAUCAAAUGUUGAUUAAAAAGUAUUUAACUUC